AUGCCAGCCAGCCUGCACGCUCCUGCGAGCCUGCGCGCUCCCAUCGCGGACGGGGCGCGCCGCCAGCGCCUCCCCGCGCGCACGAGCGUCGCUGCGCGGGCGCGCGGCUUCGGGCGCACCUCUGACGCCUCGGCGCAGCGCGCUGGAGACAGCGCGGAUGGAGACGGCGCUGCGGGGACAGCUGGGACGGCGCAGAAGCCGGGCAUCGCGGGCCCGGGCGACCGCGACCCCCCCGGCGCCCCUGCGGCACGAAUGAAGGCGGAGACUUCUGCGGGGCCCGGCGCGCCCGGGGGCGAUGCUGCGCAGCGCGAUGCGGCGCUCGAGCCGCUGCCCGAGGUGGGCCGCGCGCGCGUCCUCGGCGUGUGCGCCGCGACGUCGGGGGCGAUGGCCGUCGGGGCCGCUUUGCUGCACCCACUGAUCCCCAUCGUUUCCGGGGCGCUCGGCGCCGAUGCCGACCGCGUGUACGCUCUCAGCGACGGGUUCGGAUCCUCAGGGGCCGUCGGUGUCGCCGCCGCCGUCGCUGGAGCCGCAGCGGUCACGGCGGGGCGCGUAUUCCUGCUCGACAACAACGCGGACUUCAAGGCUGCGUCUGACCGCAGCAACGCGCAGGUCCUGUCGCCGCUGUCCUGGAUCGACCUCCCCGUCGUCGCCGUGCUCCCGGGAUCGUCGGAGGAGGCGCUGUUCCGCGCGUCGUUGAUUCCUAUGCUGGGGGGGGGCUGGCCCGCCGUGGCUGCGUCCGGGGCCGCGUUCGGGGCCUUGCAUGCCGGCGGCGGGCGCAACGCGGUCUUCGCGACGUGGGCUGCGGCCGUGGGCGUGCUGUACGGCGCGCUGAUGCUCUGGACGGGCGACUGCCUCGUGCCGAUCGGCGCGCACGCGGGCGCCAACUUGGCCGCGGCGGCGCUGUGGAAGUCGCAGAAUCCGCGCAGGAAGGGCAAGGGGAAGGGCAGGAAGUGA